CCACGAUAUCUGACCAACUCGGGGGUAGCAGAAACCGGCGUCGGCGAUGGGUCGUGUAAUCCGUGCUCAGCGUAAGGGUGCUGGUUCGGUCUUCAAGUCCCACACGCACCACCGCAAAGGUCCUGCGAAGUUCCGGAGCCUCGACUUCGGCGAGCGCAAUGGUUAUCUCAAGGGUGUCGUGACGGAGAUCAUCCACGAUCCAGGCCGUGGUGCUCCGCUCGCUCGGGUCGUUUUCCGACAUCCUUUCCGGUACAAGAAGCAGAAGGAACUCUUCGUCGCCGCCGAGGGUAUGUACACCGGUCAGUUCGUGUACUGUGGUAAGAGGGCCUCUCUCGUUGUCGGCAAUGUUCUUCCUCUCAGGUCCAUUCCUGAGGGAGCUGUCGUUUGCAACGUCGAGCAUCAUGUCGGCGAUCGUGGUGUGUUCGCUAGGGCUUCCGGUGAUUACGCUAUUGUUAUCGCCCACAAUCCUGACAACGAUACCACCAGGAUCAAGCUCCCAUCUGGGUCUAAGAAGAUUGUACCGAGUGGUUGCAGAGCCAUGGUUGGCCAAGUUGCCGGUGGAGGAAGAACGGAGAAGCCUCUCCUCAAGGCCGGAAAUGCCUACCACAAGUUCAGAGUGAAGAGAAACUGCUGGCCGAAGGUCCGUGGUGUGGCGAUGAACCCAGUUGAACAUCCUCAUGGAGGAGGUAACCACCAGCACAUUGGUCACGCCAGCACAGUCAGACGUGAUGCCCCUCCUGGUCAAAAGGUUGGUCUCAUUGCUGCGAGGAGAACCGGUCGUCUCAGAGGUCAAGCCGCCGCCACUGCUGCCAAGGCCGACUAGGCUUGAUUGUAAGAGCUUUCCUCUCGGUUUUGUUUCUUGGGUUAUAUUAUUGUUUCACAAUCUUCUGGGACCGUUUGCUUUUGUCUGUUACUUCAGAACAAGUUUUGAUGUUGGAACUUUGUGGACUUAAGUGCCAUGGCAUGGAGAAAGAGUUUUGCAUAUUUGUUGUCUGAUUGUUU